AUGCUAUGCCGUAUGCUCAUUGUAACAGCUUUCCUACUGAUUCUGCCUGCGUUUUCAAGCACGUCACCUGCCGAAUACGACCUCAUGGGCAUGCCGGCCCUGAGGAACGAGGAUUACAGCGGGAAGGGCGAUAAUACCUUAACAUCAGCAGAAAGUGAAGAAAUUGAAGCGCUUGAGCAACCUCAAGGCUAUUCCGGAGAGCAGAGACUUGGUACGCAUGCGAAGCUCCCGUCGGAAGCAUACUUGUCAACGGGCGUCGCACGACCAUGGCUUGACAGAGCUCAUCUAUCUGGCGCUUAUGUAGAUUAUGGACACACACAUGAUCCCACCGUACGACCACCUAGCACUAUCCAUCAUACUUCUGCUCCUGACCUCAGCGAGCAUCCCCGCACAGACCAUCAGGACCUUAUCACGCUGGCCCAUUCUCUGGACGGAGAACACUCGUACUGCUUGACUUCAGCAAGUGGGCAGUGCUUCCCAUGUCAGGUCGAGAAUCCGGAUGAUGAGAACCCUUGUGCGAGUGAUGACAACUUUUUCAGGGACUACGACAAAUGUUCCGUACCGUACUAUUACUUCGGCAAUGUGACGGAUGAAUCGAUUUGCGGAGAUGCGAAUUUCCUGCAUGCUGGUGUUUAUGUGGCUAUUCAGGUCCGCCCUCGCAAUAUUGGGUAUCAGAACCUCACCACCGCCCAGAAGGCCAAAGUGGGGCAAAUGAUUGCGUUCAUGCAGAUCAGCGGUUUGUUGACCUUCACCCUCCAGCUGGACUGCCCCUGGCUGGCGGUGGUGGACCCCAGCAGGCCCGGAGCGUUCAUCCGUAUGUCUAUCCGUCACCCCAACGGCACCGUCUGGAAUCGAACCAUCAGCCAGACCAGCUCAGGCUCUCUUUACGUAAGCUGCAUAUCGUUUGCCGUACAGGCCAAGACGCUGAAUCCAAACAAUUCCGGUGACAAUGGCUGCGAUCCCAUCACGUACACAGUGACGGUGUCAUUUCUGACGGAGACGUACCAGCCGCCGUCCCCGUCGCCGCCACCACCGCUCCUGCCUUCCGUACCGCGGCGACCCUUACUGCCUCCGUCGCCCUUACCGCCGCCGCCGGCGCCGCCGGCGCCGCCGGGCUGCCUACGCGUAACCGCCCGUACGGGCAAGCUAUACAGCGAGUACGUACUAACCGAUUCGGGUAAUUUGACGGUUGGCAGUUAUGACUCCAGAACUAUAAAACUGGACCUUUCCAUGACGCAAUUCUUCGCUGCGGAUGACAGCAUCGUCAUGGAUCUGUACCGACAGACACUGCCGCUACCCACCGACUGCCCGGCUGCCGAAGAUGUGGGAUAUUCGGGCACCGUGGCCUACAAGAUUUCGCCCAACUGCAGCACCAAAUCAACGCGCUUGCUUGUGGAUGUCUCCUCGGUGAUGCCCUGUUAUGCCGACAACCCGGCUGUUGUGGGGACCUUUAUUAUUUGGUUGGCGGUGUACACGGGCCCAACGGUAGCACCACCUUCCCCACCUCCGUCAGCUCCAUCACCGCCGCCGUCACCGCCGUCACCGCCGUCACCACCCCAACCGCCGUCACCGCCUACCUACCCCCUCAGCCCACAACCCAAACCGCCAACCCUUCCAACACCCACUCCCGCACGGCCGACGCUACUUCCGGCAGUCAACUAUUCCCCCAUGUCGCGAAAACAACCACCGGCGCCGGUACCGCCGGCGCCGUCAGCAGUACCGCCGAUGGCCCCGCCGGCGCCGCCGCCCCUCGUGGGCACAUUGGAAACGUACGUGAACCUUUCCAAUGCCGUAGAUCCAAAUACGACACUCCCGGAGAUUCCAGGUGCCGUUGUCUAUGUGGAUUUUAACUACCUAACCGCCACGGCCCGGUUCCAGGGUGAUUCGCCGUACGCCAGCUGUGCAUCUUCCGUACAAAGUAGCCUCCUGACGGCGCUGUCCGGCUUGCUCAACUUCCCAGCCGGCAACAUGACGUCAUCUUGUACGGUGGAAAGCACUUCUUCAUCAUCUUCGUCUAGUGCUACCGGGCGCCGACUAAACGCAGAUAGCUCGUCGAGCUGUACUUCAAUGGUAAAGACGUAUAUCACCUUCAAGAUUGAUCCUGCCGUACCCAUGACGUCAUUCAAGUCGUCCGUGUACAAGAUUCUCAACAACGGCGGCGUCUCGGGCGUGUGUCCUCUGGGCCUUAUGGAUGGGACAUGGGCGACGGAGGGAUCCACGGUCCGCGCUAUCUCCACUGGGAACUCCUCCUACACAGAUUGCGGCUCCUUUAGCGAUGCCGUACAGUCGGCGUUGUCGUCCUCCGGUGCUACCUCCGCCGCCGCAUCCAACUGUCGUACACUCCAGUUCUCUGACGGCUUGGGAUCGCCGCCGCCGCCCGCCCCCGCCGCUGCCGUCAUUCUAGCCGCCGCCGCCGCCAAAAAAGGCGGGUUUCCUAUUAUGGCAAUUGCGGGUGCUGCGGGAGGCAUCAUCGCCGGCCUUCUUGCCCUGGCAGCAUUCCUCUACUAUAGGAGGAAGAAGAAGAAGGGCAACGCCUUCACGGUAACCUCAGGAGCCGAACCCGGCGUGGCUGACGUCUUUGAGGCGAAGACGGAAGCGGUGCCCGGAGCUGAUGUCGGCAGCGCGGCCGCCGCUGGCGGCGGCGGCGGCGGCGGUGGCGACGGCGUGCCGGGCGGCGCGACGGCGUGGGUCGGCGUGGCCGGAGGAGCCGUUCCUGGAUCUGCUUUUGGUAAGGGCCAGGGCGGUGGCGGCGACGCCGUCGCAGGUAAGGACGCGGCCGCGGCGGCGGCGGUGGCGGCGGCGGCAGGGACACUAGACCCGGGAACCAUGUCGCAGACGUCCAGCGGCAACGGCGGCGUUGGCGGCGCUGGCGGCACGUUUCUCGCCGGGCCCAGCGCAUCUAUUUCCGGCGCGUCGGCGGUCACCUUGGGAAUGGAAUCCAGCGCGGCGGCGCUGGCCGCUAGCGGCGGCGGCGGCGGCCCCGUCGAGACUGGCGGCGCGCUGUUCCGAAAGACAAGCAAGGCGCUUGGGGAGCCGGGCAGUGGUGGAGGCGAGGCUGGUAGCGGCGGAGGCUCUGCUACAGCCUCACCGCGAAGGACGACGGAUGCUGACGGCAGCGGCGGCGGCGGCGGCGGCGGUGGGGCGUUGGGCGCGCUGCUGCUACGCAACGUCGCCGCGAAGGCAAAGGUUCUGCCGCCGCUGCAAAGCGCCGCUGGGGCACACCUGCCAGAGCUCGAUCCGAAUUUGGCACCGCCAGCGCUGGCAGGCAAGGCAGUACUGCCAACUGUUACCGGCGGCGCCGCCGCCGCCGCUGCUGCGGGCACUACUGGCGGCGUCGGCGGCAGCACCAGCAGCGCCGGCGGCGCUGCCGCUGCUGACGUGGCGGCGCUCCUCGUCCCGAAAGGCCGCAAGUCAGCGUUACCAGCGUUAGGGGUCCCCGUCAGCCAGUCUCUUGCCGUACCGUCCGCCAGCAAUCCGCUCGUGAAGCCGCUGCUGCCUGCCCUGCAUACGGCAGAGCACUCUCCCUCUGCAGCCGCAGCCGCCGGGGAGACCGGCGGAGGGGAAGUAGACAGUGCAUUUGCCGGGUCGAGCGCGGCCGGCGCCGCCGCCGCUGCCGCCGCUGCAGCGGCGGCGACGCCGACGCGCGCCUCCGCCACCAUCCCCGGUAGCCUUCACUCGUCCUCCAUGAACGGGGCGGCAGGUCGUGCAUUGGAGGCGAAGUACGGCGGCAAUAUUGGAGACGGUUUGGACGGCUUGGUGGAGGAGACCCAAAGCAGUGGGCCUUCGGUUGCAAGCACUCACGGUUUGUUCGUUCGUACGGGCGAAGCUUCGGGCGGCACAUCAUUGAAGGUCCCGACACUGGCGGAGGUCUCUGGAGAGCUCCAGCCUUUGGACAGCACGGAAGCUGGCGCCGCCGGCGCCGCGGCUGCGGCGGGGGCGGCUGGCGCCGCCGCCGCCACGGGUGUCGGUGUCGGCAGUGGACGCCGCAGCAGUGCCGGUGGGAGUGGCAAGGAGUGGGUUGUGCCUGUGACGCCCACUGCCGGGGAUGGGCACGCCGCCGCGGCUGGUGGUGCCGCAACCCCAUCGGGCAAGGGCUUCUUCGGAAAAAUGUUUGGCGGCAUGUUUGGCGGCGGCGGCAGCGGCGGCGGCGGCGGCAGCGGCGGCGGCGGCGGGGCGGCAAAAGAGCCUGCCGGCAGCUUUGUAUCGCCUCGCGGUGGUUCGGCGACGACGUCGGAGCUGCCGACGUUAGCGGAACUGGACGCGGCCGCCGCCACCGCGGCGGCAGCGGCCGCUGCCACGGGAGCAGCGGCAGGUUCGGACUUUGUCCGUACAGCUCAUGCAGGAGCUUUGAGUCGUGGACCAUCGGUAAGCGGGUUUGGUGUGCCGACACUGGGAAUGGAGCUCGGCAGCGCCGUCAGUGGUGCCGUCGCCGCUGGGCCAGGCCCGCGCGUCACCGGCAUGGGCACCACAUGGCAGAACUCCGCCGCCGCCGCCGUACCGACGGAGGGCGCCGCCAGCGCAGGUACUGCACCCAGCAUCCGUACCGGUGCCAUCCUUACCAGCGGCGGCGCCGCCGCUGGUGCCGCUGCGGCGCCCGACGUCAGCACGGACGCCGCCCCUGGCGGCGCCGCUGCGGCCUCGUCGGACGUACCUGCGGACCGCCCUCGAAACGCUUUGCCAUCUAUCCAUUUGAAGAGCACGACGCAACUUAGAGCAGCAGCCAAUAUUGGCAUUGAUGUGGCUGAGGACGGCAGCGGCGGCGGCAACUGGGCUACUGCCGCCGCCGCCGCCGCCGGCGGCGCCUCAGCUUUCCAAGGUCGCCGCGGCUCCCGUACGAGAGGCUUGUUCGGUGACGGUGCCGGAAGCGGCGGCGGCGCCUCCGACGGACGCUCGCCGCCAGGAUCUGGGAGUAGCAGGAGAUCCGUACAUCUGAAGCGUGCUGGCGCUGCCGGCGAUGUGGGUGGCGAUAUCGACGGCGAGGAUGCCGCCAGAAGCCCUUCAAGCCCUAGGAGAGGGGUACCCGGGGGACAGCGUAGUCGUACAAGCCGUUCUGCGAUUGGCGGAGACGUUGGCGACGACGGCGACGCCGCUGCUACGGCGAUCACCGGCGCCGGUGCCAGGGCUGGUUUCAGAGAGAAGCCCUCCGGCGUUCGAUUGCGGUUGGGCGACGGCGGCGACGUGGGUGACGUGGACGGAGACGACGACGACGCAGCAGCUGGUGGGGUUUCAAAGGGCAUGGCCAAAUUCAAACGAGGCGGCGACGGCCCCGGCGGUGAAUUCGAUGAAGAUGACGCCGCCGCCGCGGCGGCUGGCGGUGCCGCUGGCGGGAAGUGGGGCCAGGGCAUGGCCAAAUUCAAACGAGGUGGCGACGGCCCCGGCGGUGAAUUCGAUGAAGAUGACGCCGCCGCCGCGGCGGCUGGCGGUGCCGCUGGCGGGAAGUGGGGCAAAGGCACGGCCAAAUUCAAACGAGGCGGCGACGGCCCCGGCGGUGAAUUCGAUGAAGAUGACGCCGCCGCCGCGGCGGCUGGCGGUGCCGCUGGCGGGAAGUGGGGCAAAGGCAUGGCCAAAUUCAAACGAGGUGGCGACGGCCCCGGCGGUGAAUUCGAUGAAGAUGACGCCGCCGCCGCGGCGGCUGGCGGUGCCGCUGGCGGGAAGUGGGGCAAAGGCACGGCCAAAUUCAAACGAGGCGGCGACGGCCCCGGCGGUGAAUUCGAUGAAGAUGACGCCGCCGCCGCGGCGGCGGCGGCUGCCGCUGGCGGGAAGUGGGGCCCCGCUGGCCACAGCAGCGUGCGGUUCAAUCGGCCCCGGCGAUGCGAUGAAGAUGACGCCGCCGCCGCGGCGGCUGGCGGUGCCGCUGGCGGGAAGUGGGGCAAAGGCAUGGCCAAAUUCAAACGAGGCGGCGACGGCCCCGGCGGUGAAUUCGAUGAAGAUGACGCCGCCGCCGCGGCGGCUGGAAGCGCCGCUGGCGGGAAGUGGGGCCAGGGCACGGCCAAAUUCAAACGAGGCGGCGACGGCCCCGGCGGUGAAUUCGAUGAAGAUGACGCCGCCGCCGCGGCGGCAGCUGCUAGCGGCGGCAAGGCCGGCCCCGCUGGCCACCGCAGCGUGCGGUUCAAUCGGCCUGGCGAUGCGCAAGGCGGCGGAAUGGAUUCGGAGCACCUUGAUGGAGGGUCUCCUUCCAUUGCCAAAAAGGCGUCUUCAGGCCAACGAAGCGUCCGCUUCAACCGCCCGGGCGACGGCACCAACGGGGACCUGGAAGACGACGACGCCGUCGCCGCUGCCGCGGCGGCGAAGCUUGCUGGCGGCGCAAAGGCCGGCGGGGGCCGCAGCGUCGGCCGCUUUAACCGCCCCGACGGCGGCCAAAGCGCGGGCGACGUGGAUGAGGAGGCGGCGGCGGCGGCGGCGGCGGCAGCCGGUCACCCGGCUGGGCUGCCGCCCAAUCUCCGCAACUUCAACAGGCCGGGUUUGGGAGAUCAUGACGGCUCCAUUGACCCCGAGGCUGCUGCCGCGGCGGCAGCGGCGGCGGCGGCGGGCGCGCCACCUCCGGUCACAGGCUUCGGCAAGCCGUCUAGGAAGAUGAAAUUCGCGCCCGGAACAGGGGAGGGCGCGGAUGACGUCGGCGAUGACGGAGGCAGCAGCCCUCAGAACCCGGCUCCCGGUCCUACCCGCUCGGGAAGGUCCGUGGGCGGCGGACGGAGUGUACGGCAGUUCAAGUAUGCGGACAUCAACGGUGUGGACGAGGACGAUGUGGAAGAGGAGCUAUUGGAUGAUGCACCGCAGCUGUCAGCCAAUGCGACGGCGGAGGAGCGUUGGAUGCAUGAGCGCGAGAUGCGGCGGCGCGCUCUUUUGGAGCAGAUGAAGGGCAAUGCCUGGGGCGGAUCUGUGAAGCACCGUGAAAGAUGCUGA